AAUAUUUCAUUGGCCAGAUAUAAUGAAGGCCUUGCAAAUCGCUCUUGUAUUUUCGGCUAUUGUGGCCAUUGCCUUCGCUGCAAAUGCCAGUUGGGGAGCCAAAUUGUCCAGCAGUAAGUUGGUCAGCACUCAGAACGUGACCAUCUACAAGAAGGCCAACCAAUAUGUGAGCAGUAUCAUCAGUUUCCCACUGGCGGGCCAGAGCAACACCAAAACCAUUCGGUACAUUAGCAUAACUGAUAGGUUUACCAACAGCUCGGGACCGUACUCCACCUUGUGGUCCGGUGGGCCAGGAUUCAUCAGUGCCAAGGUCAAUGUCACGAGCCAGUUUUCUCAAGGAAUCAAUGUGACUGCUCAAUUUUGGGUGGAUGCCUAAACCUACAACUUUGCCGGAAACAAAAUUUUACAAUUUUCUGUUUUGCAAUGUAAUUUAAAUGUAAUUCCGAACUGGUAAAUAAUUAUUUUCAAAUCCCAAGUCGAUAUGCUACAAACAAAAUAAAAAAGACGUCUUGAAUAUUGACAAUAA